UAUUAUAUUAGUAUCCUCUUAUUUCUCAGCUAACCAUGCGCGCCGCUACGAUAUCCUUGAUAGUAGCUCGGUUGCUUCAAACUGCCGUUGCUGAUGGCUCGACAUUUUCCUGCCAACCGGGACAGUCAUGCUGGCCUACCAUUGCAGAGUGGCAGGCUUUCAACCAAAGCAUCUCAGGAGCUCUACAAGUAACAGUGCCAAUGGGGAGCGUCUGCUUCCCAAGUUCGCCCAAUUACGAUAGCGGUCUAUGUGCUAUCGUCCAGGCAAAUUAUAUGAAUGGCACCUUUCGCGAAUCAUCCACCGCAGCGCUGCAAGACACAAACUGGGAAUCUUGCGGCACUGCGAAUUGCUUUCCCGGCGUCUUCGCACCUCGAGGCCAGACAUGUUCCCUGGGAAGACAUUCUGCGUUACAGGUUCAUGCUACAACCUCUGAACACAUCACGGCUACCAUGGCGUUUGUAAGAAAGUAUGGCAUUCGGAUGGUGAUAAAAAACACCGGCCAUGACUAUCUUGGCCGGAGCAGCGCGGCUAAUACGCUGACGCUCAAUACUCAUAACAUGAAGAACAUAUCAUUUGAAUCUUCAUUCACUGCUCAUAACUGCCCUUCUGCGGGGACUAGGCAGAAUAUCGCCAUCAUCGGAGCCGGUGUCAAUGCUCAAGACGCGAUGGACUACUUUGAACAGCGUAACAUCAUGGUUACAGUCGGCGGUUGUUCGACUGUGGGCAUUGCCGGCGGAUAUGGCCAGGCAGCAGGUCACGGACUUCUUACACCGGCUUAUGGAUUGAUGGUAGACCAGGCCGUUGAGUUUGACGUUGUCACACCCGAUGGAGUUUUCCGCACCAUCAACGAGUGCAACGAUCCCGACCUGUUCUGGGCCAUGCGAGGCGGCGGGGGCGGAUCCUUUGCUGUCCUCGUGAAUUACAAGUUCCAGGUGUAUCCCAAGAACCGGUGGGCCGCAUGGCGCUUGCAGGCAGGCUUCAACAAUAGCGAGACUGGCCUCACAAAGAGCACAUUCUUGCGUGACUUUCUCACAGAGCUGUCCAAUGAACAGCCCAACUGGUCAGCAAACAACGCUUCUGGCUAUGAUACCGUUUCGGCGACCGGCAUCAACCUCCUUGAAGUGAUGCCCAUUGGUUCAGACCCUCUGGGAGCUUUAAAGCAGCUGACUUCCAAGUUCAAUUCCUUCUUGACCAGCUAUCCAGGGCUCAACAUCACGAUCAACUCCUACGUCUUAUACGACACUGAAAAGGAGUUCUACGCCGCCCAAGAGGACUACCUCAGUCAGUUUGGAACUGUCGGCAUCUCCGUCUUGGCUCCAAGCCGUCUCAUCACCACCGACAACUUCGAGACUCCCGCCAAGAUCGAUGCCCUCGUCACUGCCUUUUUGCAAGGCAUGGAAAAUGCCCGCCAGAUUCUGGCAAACGACACCACAGGCGCUGUGGUCAACUUCCUCAUCCUCAAGACGGGAGCGACCAACACGCCUGAUACGCACAACGCAACCAGCGCCAACCCCGUAUGGCGAAACACUCUCUGGCAUCUCGUCACUGCCGCAGGUUGGCUGCCCGGCAUGGCAGACGGCGCUCAAGCUGCUGCGGCCGCUCGUUCCGCUUUGGAGGCGAUUAAGAAGCCGCUCUCGGUACAGGCUUCGUAUCUCAACGAGGCGGACCCUGAUGAGCCUGACUGGCAGGAUGUCUUCUUUGGUGGGAACUACGAUAAGUUGCUUGCGAUUAAGCAAAGGUACGACCCUGACACGUUGUUGAACUGCAAGAAGUGCGUUGGAUAUCUUGGAGACGCAGAUCCUAUGUAUUCUUGCUAUUCGGAUAACCCCGUUCCAUCAAUACCGUAUCCGUUUGCUUAAAAAGAUGUUAUUAUGUAGAUUGAUUGUAUAGAAAUUUGCUCCUGCCGAUAGAUAUAAAUUUAAUAAACCAACU